UAGAUGCCACUGCUCGUUAUCAGGGGCUUCGCUACGGUCAGGGACUCCAUCAAGCUAUGAGAGAGUGUCAAAAAACAUUCACCAUAGCGGGUCCCCGCUACGAUCAGGGGCUCUACCGACGGACUUUGCUACCAGGGGUUUUCUUUUGCAAUUUCUACCACCUUUGAUCGCGCACAGAAGUUUUGCUAUCAGGGGUCUCGCGUCGCUAUCAGGGGUCUGCGUCACGGUCCGGAACUACCGAAUUUGCUAUAGGGGGACUACCGACUUUGCUAUCAGGGGUCUUUACGUCCGGGGUCUUUACGUCCGGGGUCUUGCUAGCAGGGUCCGGGGUCUUUCUAUCACCCUUCUUAACCCGCCGAAAUAACACCUUGGUCUCCCUCACCCGAUACCUGCAUGCAUCAACCCAGAAUCGACAAUGCCGCCAAAAAACGAAAGCCGCAGAGAGAGACUUCGAGAUCAGAAAGCAAUGUCGGGGUUGUUUGCAAUGUUGCGGCGUUGCAACAUUCCCAGGGACCGCCCGCGUGGAGGACGCACAUGCAGGGUUUUUGGUCCCCUCAGUGCCACAACGCAGUUUGCUGUGGCACUUCAUGCAAAGGUCGUAUGAAAACUUGUUUGCGAGGUUUCUUCAGAAGCUUUCUUAAGGAGCUCUCUUAAGAGGUACCGCCUAAGCAAUUUUUUUUAGAAUUCAUUUUCUAAGAGCCUCCUAUAGAUUAUAAAUUACAGGCACACCUUGACUCAUUUCUGAAUAGUUAUUAUUAUUCCCAUUCGUCGAGGACGAAAAUGGUGUGAUGCAACCUUCUGCAACCUGCCCCCGUAGCUUUCGGUGCCGAGUACGAAGUAGAAUUCGAUGCAGGAACACAGAAAAAUGCAGCAUCCAAUCGAAGAAGAAGCUUUCCACGACUUGGAAACUGAGAGUGACGUCGGGCAGGACAAGCAGAAACACAUUUCCGUGCAGCGGUCCGCGCGGGGCCCCCCGCGGCCGCCAAUUCCAACUAGUCCCGCUUUUGUUGAGAUGCAGAUGCAACCGGUUCCGCACACGCUUUCAUCGGGGAAAAUGCGGUAUCUCGGCCUCCCUGAACAGAAGAUGUCAAGGCCAGCGGCUGUCGUGGAGGAGGCAAUAAUGGUAAAACCGAUCGCCGCGCCACAGCCGCAACCCCGGUUGAGUGCAGUGUCGCCCGGAACUGCACAAGAGCAGGAGGUGGUGGAUGAGGAGGAGAUGCAUUCUCUAGCCUAUCUUCCCGCCGCGGAGCACGUGCCCUACCAGAAUCUUUUCGGGAAGGUGCUUUUCGGAAAAGGGGGCUACUACGGGCCCGCGAACGCAGCAAACGUGCCCCUGGAACGGCGUCUGAAAAUCUACAUCGCGCUACGCAUCUACUACAUUCGGCACAUCGAUUGUAAGGAAGGGACCUACGAGCUGUCCUUCCGCCAGCUGAGAACCAUCCGCAAGCCGCCGGGGAUGGAACACGUCCUGCCCCUCCUCCGGGAGCGUGCGAAACUGAUAGGGGCACGAAUGAGCAACGUGCCUCGAAAUUCCCAUAGUGCAUCAACUCAGCAAGUGCCAAGCCCCGCACGAGCCACGACCGAGCGGACCAGCAAUUCGAACGCUGCUUCACCACCUUCCCGCGACCACCACCACCUGGAAGGUGCGGUCGUGGAGAAACUGCAGAUCAGGCCUGCUCUGGCAUCGUCACCAACUGCCGUGAGUAAAGUUGGAGUGGUACUAUCAGAACCGAACUUGGUGAUCGGAGGGUGCUCCCCGCAACCCAGCCCCGCCGCGCGCUCACACGCUGCGCAAAUGGAAGCGGAAGAGUGGAUGCUGCCCACGCGCUACUAUCUUUCGCCUUACGCACUGAGGAAUGUGCUGCCGUGCGAUCUGAAACUGUUGGACCAAGAAUUUUUGUCAGUUCUACAACCUGUAGCAGAGUACCUUUGACACAAAAAUCCAUGCGUGAACAUAGACGUUGUCGUUGUACUCUGAGCGGACUAAAGAGAGACGACCACAUGUAUGCUUGUGGACCUGCUAAAGAGUGAGCACUCUGCACAUGAUAAUGUCAACUGAAGAAUUCUUGUUUUUGUGCAUCUCGAUGAAUAUUACAAAAAUUCUGCUUCCGUCAACCAUGAUCGUUCCACGACACCUUUUUCCUUUGAAUGCAGCGGGGAGCAGCGAGAGUUUUCCGCGGAGAUUCCCCUGCCGCAGGAGCUCGUGUUUUCGAACCGCUUGGACGAGGGCGCGGUCACGUAUCCACAAAAAAAGAACCAACCCCAUCUUCCGAUUUGUCAUGCAAAACAUGCAUAAAAUCCAGUAUUUGUCAUGUAAAAAAUGGAUGGGGAUUGAUUGUUGUUUCGUUUUGGAUAUCACGGAAGACGAACCCUUCGUGCACCUCGAGACGGGCGACGUGCACCACUUUGUGUACGGCCGCGUGA